AUGGAUAUUGUAGAGUUCUACGUAUCUUGUAACCCUCCAUUACUCCCUAAAGGAGUGGCGCUGAUAUUUGCGAGUGUCGAGGAAAAUGAUGACCUUGGAAUCAUUGAAAUCCUCUACGAACCUGAGAUCCCUUGGUUUAAGCUCAUUGUCCCAAGGGCUUCUCAGCGCGAAAUCUCCGAUUGGAUGCACUCUCAACUGGCAGAGCUAAUGGAAUCAGAAGCCGACACUGUUAUACGAGACGAAGACGAAGAUGAUCUCGGUACAUCUGCCAAUCAACCUGAUAUCGAGGUUAUAGUCGAGGACCCACACAUUAUUGCCUAUUCUUCUCUCCAAACAAUCCUGAAAGAUACACUCAGUCAAUAUGAUGCGUUCCGAUAUCCCGCCAUUAUCAAAACUCUGCCUUACAAAACAGUCUGGCGAGUUCCAGAAUCAUCCGGAGUCACUAUUCUGCAGAUUCUCUCGAAUUACGAGUCCUUGGGAUUUGUGUUGCCUUCGGGCCCAAGCAUUGGCAGCCUUCAAACACUUACAAAAUGUGUUAUUACAUAUAAUUUCCAGGGUUCCUUAUUGUACAUCGGCAGCAGUGAAAGUGAACAAGCACUGGGCUUUGCAAAACAAAAACUUUACACUCUAGCAAGCUUCAUGGAUGCCCCCUUGGCCCCUAUCACUCAUAUGGUCUUUACUGAAACUUCGAGCUCGGCUACACUCUGUUACCGAUUCAUGACACAUACGGGACUAUCCAAAUUGACCUAUGUUGAUUCCACCGGCACCGAUCAGAGCCAGGACCUGGAGUACACCUCGAUCGCCAGUGCGGUGUCCUUGAGAAUGGAAUCUCUCAAUCGAUACCGGCAGCCUGUGCCCGAUUGCGUCAAGUACCCAAUUCCGGAGACCGGUAACUUGACAAAAUGGCAUCCAGAAUUUCACCCAUUCUCUGGAUAUUCAUAUGGAAACAAACGCUCUGGUACCAUCCCUAUUAUCGAGAAGAAAAGACCCCAACAGAAGAUCCAUCAUCAAGAAUCGGAUAGUGUCGGCAAGAACACAGCCAGCACUAACGGACACCGCAAUCUCAAGCAUGUCGGCACAGACUUACCACAAGUUCGAAAGUGCUUAGAAGAUUACAGCAUCGAGUCCAGCGGAGAUGGUGACCAUCUGAAGCCACCCUCACUUCUGACUGGGGACAGUGAAAAGCAGGAGGAGGGAACAGCAACAAGCCCGCCAUGCGACUCCCGACGAUGUAUUGAAGAGCCAAGGUUCGUCAACACUAAAGACGUCCCUCUUAUGGCGGCCAAGAUCAAAGAUCAGAUGCCAGGAUCAGGUUACCAUGCUUCUUUGAGCCAACUUCCAUUGGGCUUGGAAAUGCCAGAAAACAGUUUCGAGCCCCUCGACUUCCCGAAUUCUUCUGGUCUGCAGUCUAAUGCUACAAGGGAUUUGAUGGACAUUAAUGAUGGCCCCAUCCCAACUCCGGCACUGAUGGAUAACAUCCCUUUGCACGAUCGCGGAAAUAAACUUCAGACUAUAUCAGAGGAUCAAGUUAUUCGUUCUGAGGUCACAUUCGGCAAAAAAAACCUUCAGGAGAAAACACUAUUCGAUACCAUGAGACAAAAAGCUGCCUCUGGGCUAAGCUGGGCCAGCGUAGCCUCAAAGAAGAAAGACGAAAAACGAGACGACAAGCCGACCUUCGGGUUGAAUGUGCCUGUCACAUUUGUCCCUGACAAUCGUUCUGCAACUCAGCGUUCAGCAACGCCAGCAUCCGGGGUUAUUGCCAGCCCCGACCCUUUCCGGGCUGAGCAGAGAGAAGAGCACGACAGAGACCAGUCUAUUUUGGUUGAGAAACCCAAGACUGAUCCAGUCUCACCGGCCUUACGAAUUGUUCCGGGAAUAGACAUGCCAUCAGCGAUUGAGGUGGAUUAUAGCGAGUUUCUGUCACAGGCUGAGAACAAGCUCCGUAAGUUGGUUGAAGUUCUGCAAAUAGUCCCCGGGAAAGUGAGCAUCCAAGCUCAAUUUGGGCGGCUGUGCAGAAAAGAUAUAUUUCCCAGUUUUGUCUAUGACAGUCAAUCUCAAUCUCCAUCGUGGGCUGUUGAUGAAACUGUUGAGGCUCUAAAUUCUCAAAAUCCGCACAUGGGAUUUUAUCCCAUCCUCACAACCAGCGGAGCAGAAGCAAACUCGAUCCCUCGGAUGUCUGGUGGAAGAUCUCCAUGGAUACUGACGGGAAAACGAGUUUACUACGAAUUUCACUGCUUCGCCGGAAAGACAUCUGAGGUUAUCGUGCAAGUUGAUGCCGAUACCUUCGAGCAUCAAUACUUCCCCCCGACGAUUGAAGUCUCAAAGACUUUCGUGCAUUGCACUCGGCGUGCAUGGGAUAUCAAAUUUUCUGUCUCCCGCAUGUAUAUGGAGGGGAUGGCCGAUGAUAUGGAAGAGUUUGCUGCAUCAUUGGUGCGCUCCCUGAGUAUCGAAACGAAUGAGAUGGGCGAGCUCGUAAUCAGUACCGAACCGAAGAGCAUCUCGAAUUUGAGCGUCGACAGGGUCAGAAUAUGUCACGAAGCCUGGUACCAAGAUGGACGGAAGGGCCCUAGCUGUCUGAAGGUUACAAUGAUACGACGAGUCGAGAAGCUUCCUGGUAUCCCCAGAGGAACGUAUCGUGGUCAGUCAGUUCCAGUAACAGCGCCUGCAAAUGGCCGGCCUGGCCAGUGGUUUGAGACAAGCAUUUCAUCCGUACGAGCAGAAGAGAUAUUCCAAGAGAACAUCGGUCUAGAGUUCGGGGAUAAAACACAUUGGACGCCUGAAAUCCUACACCACCAGGGCGUUUUCAGAGCCAUCUCUGAGCCAGCAUUGCAAAUGGUCAGAAAGAUGGACCAUGUCGGUGAUUCGAACUCCAACGGACAAGGCCCUCGCUCUGAUCAACAGUCGUACAGUGCUGCUCAGGAUUCAAAGGCCCGGCAGAAAGGGACAUACUUUUGGUAA